CUGGGAUAGACUCUGAAGCGCUCAGAGGGGCACACACACACACACACAUACAACCACACUCACACACAUACUCACAAACUCUCACUGGUUCUGCUUUUUCACUUCUCUGCCCUUUUGGCUGACAGUGGAGAAUGGUGACAGUUUCAGCAGCUGUCAGGAGAUACAAUUCACCAGUUAAAUGGUGACAAACACACACAUAUAUACAUACACAGUAAUACACCGAUGACACACAUUCUGGCGCACACUUGAGGAAUGACUUAAGAAGGGAGAGCCGAAGGCAACACAGAGACAUCUCUCCUGCUGAGCUGGACGCUCUCUGGAGGGAACCACCGUACACUCUCGGGGGAACAAAUGAUCCCUUCUCAGGGAAUGACAUCAUGACUCAAGGUGGAGGUGAGGAGGAGGAUGGUGUCGUGGUGGAGUCAGGUGAAGGAGAGGUGGAGCCUGAGAGCUACUGGAAGAAGAAAGAAGCCUUCUUUAGAGGAAGUACUGUGUCACUGGGAGAUAAGUUCUCCUCAGAAAUUGUGCUGUUGUUCACUGGGCGCAGGCGCUCCAGCGUGGAUCCUGACCAAACCCUACAGGAGGCGCUGCGCACAAGACUGCGAGUGGUGGAGAGCAACAGCCAGGACGUGAUCCAGCUCUUUAAAGACUUGUCUGCACGUCUGGUGUCUGUCCACGCUGAGAAAGACAGCUUUGUGCUCACAUUCAAGACUGUGGAGGAAAUCUGGAAGUUUUCAACGUACCUAGCAUUGGGUUAUGUGGCUCGCUGCUUGGAGAACUUCUUGAGCGAUCAGUCCUUCUGGCUGGACCCAGAGCUGCUCAGCGACCUGGAGAUCAAUGUGAGCGUGGAUGAGGAACAUCUGGCUACUCUGUACCUGGGACUUUUACUGCAGGAAGGAUCCUUCUUUGCAAAGGCUCUAUUUACAAGAAGCGAGGAGUAUGAAGAAGAGGAAGAACAGCUGUCGUUCAAAAAGAAUGACUUGCUCAUGGUGAGGGACACAGGGCAGGACAACAUGAGGGAGGGCACCAUGCUCUCUACAGGAAGCCACGGCCUGGUGCCAGUCGAUGCCAUGCAGCCACUGCCCUAUCCCUUCUACCAGUGGUUCCUGAGGAAGUACCCAGGCUCUGCUGGAUGCUCGCCAACAGAGAAGGAACAAUUUGAACAUCCAAUCGUCACAGGUUCCUGUGUGGCAGUGGUUGACUACUGUCCACUGGCGCCGGAUGAACUCCAGCUGAACCAAGGUGACAUUGUGGAGGUCCAGGGUCUGCUGGUCCGAGGUCUGGGUGUGUUCAUAGGAACGAACACAUCCACAGGACACAUUGGUUUUGUACAGAAGGUCCAUGUCAAGCCUCUGGACACCAUGGCCCUAGACGGACAAUUGGUCUUUCUGACGGCGGAGGAGAGGGCCAGCUUGGCUCAGGUUAACCCGUGCAGCUCUGAGCCAAGUGACUGCGGCCUGCUUGAACGACUCUUCUCCUCUGACAUCAGCUCUGUGUACAGGCUAGACAGACUGGACGAGACGGACUUCCUGUACAUCAGGAAUCAGCCAAAACAUGAACAUAAGGUUUCCUCGAGCACGCGUCAGAGUGUCCUUUCAGAGCGGAGCGAGAGAAGUGGAGGGACGCCCCCGGAGCAAUCCUCCCCACGUGCCUCUCUCUCUCUCUCCUCCCCCCGCUUGUCCCUCUACCGUUCCCAGAACCCUCUGCCCAAUGAGGGCGAGCACCUGACCUUCGCCACGUUCAGGGAGCUGGAUGAGUUCCAGGAGGAUCCAGCUCUCUUCUCAGAGGAGAACAGCUGGGAGGUGGAGGAGUCUGAGAUCAGUGACCCCACGCUGACCCUGCUCAAUUAUGAACACUUCCAGGAGGACUUCCUGCCUCUGUAUGACCUGCAGUAUUCCUUCCUGUGGGUGACCUUCAGUGGUAAAACGGAGGACGAGCUCUCGGGUCACCUCGAGAGUGUCAGGGAGUGCGCCAAGAGGAUGGGCAUGCACUGGGCUCAUCGCCGGGCAUGCUUCCUCCUGGGAAGGCUCUGUGCCAGGAAACUAAAGCUCUCACAGGCACGGGUGUACUAUGAGGAGGCUCUGAGCGUUAGCGUGGACAGUUUCUCUGACAUGCCACUCCUCGUCGCCCUCUUCACAAACCUCACCUCCAUCUACCUGAAGCAGCGCAUGACAGACAAACUGCCCCAGACUCUGGAGAAGGCCAGUGCUCUGCUCCUCUGCCUCCCCGGCCACACCUUCACCUCCCUGGACGAGGUGGAGCUGCUCAUGCUGCUCCUGAGGAGAUCCGUGGUGAUGGGGGACAAGAGCCUGGAGGCUCGUGUCUGCUACCUCAUCUCGAGCCUCUUCCUGCUCCUCAAGAAGACAGACGACGCCCUUCCCUUCAUUGAGAGGCUCCAGUUUCUCUCGGUGACUCUUUCUGCUGCUGAGGGGCAAGCUAUAGUUCCCCUCGACCUCAACUGGCUCUUGAGCUGGCUCUAUCAUCGUAAAUACAUGCCUUACUUAGUGCUGGCCUCUCUGAGCCUGGACUCCAGAAAAGACCACUCCCUCCAUGAUGCCUUCCAGAAGAUUGAGUUGUUUAUCAGGAACUCUGUUCGCCUGAACCCGUGCUGGAAGGAAGGAACCUCAUUGCUCCCCGCCCAGAUUGUGGUUUACCUUCAGCAAGCCUUGGCUCUAGCAGAGCAAGGAGAGGACAUGAAGACCCAGAGGGACCUGUGUUUGGGCUUGGCCUCAGUCUAUCAGCAGUAUAACGCUCUGGACAAGGCGGUACGCUGUGCUCAACAAGCUGUGGAGAUGGGCGGCCACAUUAAUGAGGAGGAGGGCUUUGAGGCCUCUGUGCUGCUCGGGUCGCUGCUGGUGUUGACGGGUGAGGCUGAGGGCGCCAAGAGUGUCCUGCAGCCACUGCUCUCAUCACUUCAGGGUACAGACAGCCCCACGCAGCGCGGAGUGAUCCACAACCUCCUGGCUUUGUGUCUGAGGCGACAGGGUCGUGUCCCGGAGGCAGGAUGGCAUCUCCACUCAGCCCUGAUGAUCUCCAGGGAGAGUGGGAAUCAGAGGAACCAGGCCCUGGCUUUGGCCAACCUGGGCUGCUUGGCGCUGGAUGUAGGGGCAUCAUGGGUAGCAGAGCGUUUCCUCGUCAGAUCACUGCACCUUUUUCAUGGGCUGUGGGAGAGCCCCACAGACGAGGAGCACGUUCAGACCUACCUCUGGCUGGGGCGGAGCUACAAAGACAGGGGGAGGAGACAGGACAUCAGGGCGUGCUAUGAAAUGGGACUGCUAAUUGCACUACAAGCCAGAAACCUGCACAGUCAGAUGGUGGUGGCCAAGGUGCUGAGUCGGCUGUAUGCCGACAUGCUGCUGUACGGUCAGAGAAUCGUCUACUACGAGCACUGUGUGUCCGUGUCCAGACAGCUGAAGGACAAGAGACUGGAGGGGGAGUACCUGGAAAUCCUCAGCAGCCUCUACCUGUCACUCAACACAGAGAGAUCAUCACGUAAGUCGCUGGACUACACCAAGCAGAGCCUGAGGAUUUCUAUUGAUUUGGGCAAGAGAGAGGAGGAGUCAGAGACCUGGUUACAAGUGGGACGGAUAUAUUAUCUCAUCCAUGAGGACGAGCUGGCAGACAUGUACCUGCAGGCAGCAGUGAAAACAGCCCUGAGGAUGAAUGACCCUCACUUCGCCAUGAGCAUCUACGAGGAGGCGGGAGACGUUUACUUUAAAGGCCACAGAAAUCAGAUGGCUUCCCUGCCUUUCUUCAGGGACGGCAGUCUGCCAUUCGCACGCAGCAUCAAGGACAUAAACUCAGAGUUCCGUCUGCUGAGUAAACUGACUGAGCUGCUGAUGAACCAGGGGGAGCAGGAGGAGGCUCUGCAGUACGCCACCUUGGCCGUUCAGGUCGCCAGCAACACAGGUGUGCUUGUGAAUGAGAGGACAGCCUACCAUCGACUGGCCACAAUCUACUACAGACUGCAACAGUAUGAGAUGGCAGAAAACUACUACCUCAAGUCCCUGUCCCUCUGCCCCCCGGUCCUGCAGCACCCCACACAGGCUCGCUAUUACACCAAGGUCUACUGCAGACUGGGAAACAUCACUCUGCACAAACUGAAGGAUGCUUUCGACGCAGUGGGAUACUUCCAUUUGGCUCUGGCAGCAGCCCUGGAGGACGGCGCUCACCCCGAGACCCUGUAUGUGGUGUACAUGAAGCUGGCGGAGAUCCACGGCAACCACAUGCCAGACGCUGAGCUGUGCCAAGUUUACAGAGACCGAGCCCAGCGUCUGAAGAGCGUGCUGGCCGGAGAGGGGGGAGGGGGGGACAGUGCAGGCACCGAGGCCGGCCAACAGAGGGAGCAGGACUUGGGACAUACAGACAGUUUGAAUAAGAGAAACUACAUCUUCGAUUCUAUACCUGAAGAUGAAAUGUAUGAACUAAGCACGGCCCCAAGAACUUGCAUGAGGCACGUGGACAGAGAGAUCAGUUGUAAAGACACUAAUAUCGGAGAUGGUCACGGGAAAGACGAUCCCAAUCAACAUCUCCCUGACACAGACGGCCCUAACCUGGACGGGUGUGAGACGGACACCAUCGCCAGUCAGUCGUACAGCGACAGCACCUUCACUGGGUCGUAUGACACGGCGAAGGAGCAGAUCUCUGACUCCAGCAGCUCCACCGACACACUACAAACUCAGAACCUCGAUACUGACCACAGCACGACCAGUCGAAUGCCUGCUCAUUCCACCGAUGACAUCACAGGACACACGGAUGCAAGAGACACCGAUCCUGACAUUCAGGAUGAACAAAACACACACGCUUGUGCAGAUGUCAGCGUGACGGACAUGCAGCCUGAUGCUGACCACACGGAGACUGUCAGCAUGAAAGCAGAUCUGACUGUAAGUGUGGACGACUGCACAGAGAAAGAUCAUCCUGAGAUUGGAGACACAAACACACGUGCUUAGAUGUCGUCUACAUUUAACUGCACUUUCUCUUCUUCGCUGACAAUUCCUUCAUCUGGUCAAACGUCCCCUGACCGGCGACCUCACUGCAACGUUCCAGCCACAUGGCCCUUAAUGUAGGAUUAAAGAUGAUGUCUAUACUGUAAACCUGUCAGAGAUUUAGUCGAUUCAAAGCAUGUGCCUUUUUGGAUGAGAUGUACAGUGCACUGUGCUGUUAAUAUAUGAUUUCUCUAUUUUAUUUGUAUCUCUGGAAAAUAUGACUCAAACUGAAUAAUUUUUUGUUCACUUGAAUGUGACACACAUAUAGUGGCCUUUGACGACACUCAUUAAAUCAAAUAAGACAAAACAAUCAAUCAAAAACAAUCUUACUGGCAGCUAAUAUAAUUAAUAGUGUUUGAACUUUGUGUAGUUUUAAAUUGAUUUUACUAAAACUGGUUCAUUCGUUGGGGACUGUGUUCUUCUGAGGAUCCAUACCCACUCGGUGUGUGAGCCAGUGUUUACGGCAGCAGGAUGGUGUAUGUGGGAUCAACUUAAAAAAGUAAAGUCACAUCCCACAUUCAGCGUAAUAAAGGAAGAUGUCACCUGUUAA